UCCGUUUGUACACGAAUGAUCUGAUCAGCUGCCAUUUUGUAGAUUAGCUCUGUGAAAAUUGUUGAGUUGCAACCAUUUAUCAGUGUUAUUUAAUAAUAAAAAUAAGUUUAUUAAUUACUCAAUUCAUAAAGAGUGGGACCCUACAGUAGGGAAUUUGCUAAUAAAAAUGUCGAAUGGCAAUGGAGAUCAUGAGGAGGAAGGUUACGUGGUGAAACUGCGUGGUUUACCUUGGUCGACGACAGUGGAUGAAAUUUUAAAGUUUUUUAGUGAUUGUCGGAUCUCCCAUGGUAAAGCUGGUAUACACAUGACUAUGUCACGGGAAGGACGUCCAAGUGGCGAAGCUUACAUUGAAAUGGAAAGCGAAGAGGAUAUUGAAAAGGCUUGUAAACGUGACCGGGAUCAUAUGGGACAUCGUUAUAUCGAAGUAUUUAAAGUUAGACGAAGCGAAAUGGAGUGGGUCGUCAAAAGAAGUGGUUUGAAUUUAGAAAAUGCCAUGGAUGAUGGCUGUGUUAGACUGCGAGGAUUACCUUUUGGUUGCUCAAAAGAGGAAAUAGCACAAUUUUUCUCGGGGUUGGAGAUAUUGCCGAACGGAAUUUUGCUACCAACAGACAGCUACACGGGCCGCAGUACUGGGGAGGCUUACGUUCAAUUUGUUAACAAAGAUGUCGCGGAAAGGGCUCUACAGAAACACAAGGAAAAGAUAGGACACAGGUACAUAGAAAUAUUUCGAAGCAGUUUAUCUGAAUUGCGAGCAAGUUUUGGACCUAAAAUGCGAGGUUCAAUGGGUGGAUUCAAUCAACGGCCGGCACCUUAUGAUCAAAGAGAUCGAUUUGGCGGUAUGAACCGCUUUAACAAUAACCGAAACGCAAGAAACAGAGACUUUGACAACGGUCCGUGGGGAAAUACAAACAACUUUGGAUCACGCGGUGGCGGCGGCGGCGGCGGUGGUGGUGGUGGCGGUGGUAAUGUUGGUGGCGGCAGUGGUGGUGGUGGUGGUGGUGGCGGCGGUAUGGGUAUGAGAAACAACAUGGACAUGAAGGGUGGAAAUUAUCGCGGUAACAAUGAUAAUUGGAGCGGAAAUACCGGUAUGCAUUGCAUACACAUGCGUGGGUUACCUUUUAGAGCUACAGAGCAAGAUAUUGCAGACUUUUUCCGACCGAUUAAUCCUAUAAAUAUUCGCAUCAUCUUGGAAAAUAAUGGCCGUGCAUCAGGUGAAGCUGACGUCGAGUUUGCAACUCAUGAAGAAGCUGUCAAGGCUAUGGGAAAAGACAAAAGUCAUAUGUCACAUAGAUACAUAGAAUUAUUUUUAAAUUCAACUAGCGGAUCAAGUGGAAUGUCUUUGAGUGGAAUCGGCAAUUUCUGUGGAGGUUUAGGAAACAAUUUUAGACCUGGAUAUUCACCCAAUAAUCGUGGUUACAAUAAUCAACUUGGUGGUGGAAAUAAUUACAAUAAUUUCUGAAAUAAAAAUUUUUAAACUGAAAAGAAAAAAUUAAGAAAUUUUUUCAUUUAAUUAUCUAGAAGUUAAGUAAUUUGUUAAAAAUUAAUAUUUAACAAGAAAGCAACAAUCAAGGUAUCCAUUUUAAUAUAAAAUUUGUAUUAAUAAUCCCUCUAAUUUAAGAAUAUAUCUUCAUUUAUCAAUGAAAAAUCAACUUUCAUUUAUAUAAAUAGUGAUAAAAUAAGCAAAAUAUAUUUCUGUAAUAUAUUGCGAAUUAUCUUGAUGACAUGCAUUACAUGAAUUUAAAAUGUAAGGAAAAAAACUGAUGAGUAGAUAUUAAACAAUAUUAAAUAAAUAAGCUUGAGUAAUUAGCAUAUAAUUUAAUUGUAACAAUGAUAUCAAAAAUAAUCUCAGGCUUAAUAAAUUUUUGAUAGUACAUUAAUAAUAAUAAUUAUUAUUAAAAAAUAUUAUUUGUAUAUUAUAAUUAAAGUAAUUGAAACAUAGCUCAUAGAAUUAAUCUAGAGUUUUUUGCAGUUUACAAUUAAAAGUUAUCAAUUACUUAUUAAAUCAUGAACAUGUAGACACGCCUCUUUUAUAGUUAAAUAUUAAAAGUAAACAAAGUAAUUGGAUUUAUUAAUCGAGUACAUUAAUUACUCGAGGGUAAAUUCAAAUAAAUAUUUUAUAUAAAUUAAAAUAAACAAUAAAUAAUUUGACAUACUAGUCUGUUGAUUGCCGAUAUUUUUUCUUAUGAUUAAGUCUAUACAAAAUACAUAACAUUGCUUAUUGUAUAAUUAAAGAACGUGAUAAUAAAAAAAAUAGCGAUACUUAAAAA